UUUGUUCGCAAAAAUCCCAUUAAUUAAUUUAAAGGAAAAAAGUAAAAACAAUGUGCAUCUACCGAGGUGCCCUCUGUAUUCGCUGAAUAUUAUACAUAUAUAUGAUAAGAUUUCGCUAGAUACUGUCGACGUAGUUGCAAGGACGAAGGAAGAAUGGAAGAGCUGAAACCAUCACCUGCAAACUCAUCUUCACUAACUCCAUUAGGAUUCUUGGAGAGAGCAGCUGCUGUGUAUGGUGAUUGUCCCUCAGUCAUCUACAACACAACCACUUACACGUGGUCUCAAACACACCGUCGAUGCCUCCAGCUGGCAUCAUCCAUUUCCUCUAUCGGCAUCCAGAGAGGCCAAGUGGUCUCCGUCUUUGCCCCCAACGUCCCCGCCAUGUACGAGCUUCACUUCGCAGUUCCCAUGGCUGGUGCUGUUCUCAACAACAUCAACAUCCGUCUCGACCCACCCACAGUCUCCAAACUGCUUCUCCACUCGGAAUCGAAGCUCAUCUUUGUCGACAUUAUGUCGCUUUCACUUGUCCGUGACGCCAUCUGGCUGUUUCCCCCCACCGUAACCAGUCCGCCGUUGCUCGUCCUCAUCGAAGACGAUGGGUUCUCAAGGAUCAAUUCAUUUUCAGCCGUUGACGUGGUUGACACUUACGAGGGACUAGUAAGCAAGGGUGAUAUGAAUUUCGAGUGGGCCCGACCUAGAACGGAUUGGGAUCCGUUCGUGUUGAAUUACACAUCUGGUACAACUUCGAGUCCAAAAGGAGUGGUCCAUUGUCAUAGAGGGGCUUUUAUCGUUACGGUUUGUUCUCUAAUUGACUGGUUUGUACCAAAACAAGCUGUUUAUUUAUGGACACUACCGAUGUUUCACGCAAAUGGAUGGAGCUUCCCUUGGGGCAUGGCAGCAAUCGGUGGGACCAAUAUUUGUCUCCGCAAGUUCGAUCCUUCCACAGUCUAUGAUUUGAUCAAGAGACACGAGGUCACUCACAUGUGUGGAGCUCCUGUGAUUCUUAACAUGCUAUCAAACACUCCACGCGAACCGCUUGAAAACCCGGUUCAAAUUCUCACGGGCGGAGCUCCACCGCCAGCUCCAGUACUGACCCGGAUGGAGUCACUCGGCUUCCGCGUGACUCACGAGUACGGACUAACGGAAACGGGCGGGAUCUCAGUGUUUUGCGCAUGGAAGCCGCAGUGGGACCACUUAUCUGUAACGGAACGAGCGAGACUGAAAGCGAGGCAAGGAGUGAGGACUAUUGGGUUGACGGAUGCUGACGUGGUGGAUCCCGAGUCGGGAGUGAGUGUGAAGCGAGACGGGUCAACGAUGGGGGAGAUUGUGUUGAGAGGAGGGUGUGUCAUGUUGGGGUACUUGAAGGAUCCAGAAGGGACGAACAAGUGUAUGAGAGAGGAUGGUUGGUUUUACACAGGAGAUGUGGCGGUGAUGCACUCUGAUGGGUAUAUGGAGAUCAAGGAUCGGUCAAAGGACGUCAUAAUCAGCGGUGGAGAGAACAUUAGUAGUGUAGAUAUUGAGUCAGUACUAUACACACAUCCAGCCGUGAACGAGGCGGCGGUGGUGGGUCGGCCUGACGAGUAUUGGGGUGAGACGCCUUGUGCGUUUGUGAGUCUUAUGGCUGCUGGUGAUGAUGGUAUUGCUAGGGAGAGGGAGAUUAUUGAGUAUUGUAAAUCAAGACUUCCAAAAUUCAUGGUGCCUAAAACUGUGGUGAUUAUACAACAUUUGCCAAAGAGUGCUGUUGGAAAGAUUCAGAAAUCUGUGCUUAGAGACAUGGCCAAGGCCUUGCGCCCGGGCCACUCCAGAAUCAUCAGUCCACUGUGAAUUUAUUUAGUUAUGUGAAGUUAUAUGAAUUGAUAUUUUUUGUACGUUUCUUGAUGAAAUAUAAGCAACCAUUCUGCAA